AUGAUGGAAUACGCGCAAUAUCCACAACAGCAACACAGUUCUCACGCCGGUUACGCGAAUUCCGCCGCAGGUGCAAGCAUCACCUCGCCCACAAGCCACGGCCUCAACCAACACGCCGUGCAGACCUCUCCCAUCAUCACCUCGCAGCAACACCAGCCGGGCCAGGCUUCAGCUCACGCCAUGUACGGACCACAGUACGGCGUGCCUCAACCGAGCAUGCAGCCGGUUCCCUAUGGCAUGCCCGGGGGGAUUCAAGCGGCGGCAAUGGCUGCCACGGCUGCGGCAACCGGCUCCAACUAUACCUACAUGCACUCGGAUCCGAGCAUGCCUCACACAUCCCCGCGAUUGCCCAAUGCUAAGAAGGAUGGCCGGCCAUCUCCUCGGAUGAAUAGCAUCUCGCAGAUCCCCGGGCGCCGUAUGAGUCAAGUUACCAGCCCCGGAGUGCCGAGCGCCCAGGGCCUGAUGAACCACGGCGGACCCCGCCCCCCGCCCAUGCCUCCUGCCCCUGCCAUGCAGCAUCCACAGUCACCAGAGAUGCCUGCCGGUGCUGUCGAAGAAUCGCCCCUAUAUGUCAAUGCCAAGCAGUUUCACCGAAUCCUCAAACGACGUGUUGCCCGCCAGCGCCUUGAAGAGCAAUUGAGGUUAACCUCCAAGGGACGCAAGCCAUAUCUUCACGAGUCCAGGCACAACCAUGCAAUGCGCCGACCUCGUGGACCUGGCGGCCGAUUCUUGACAGCGGAGGAGGUGGCGGCUAUGGAUGCCAAGGAGUCGUCAAAGGGCGACGGCGACGGCAGCGAUGGCGCCUCACCCCCGAAGCCCUUGGAGGUUACCAGCACAAAGCGCAAAUCCGAAUCCGGACCCUCGAUUGCAAGCAAGAAGCCCAAGACAGCAACUGAUAGUGGCGAAGGGAAUCAGGAAAACGACAGUUAA